AUGCUUUUACAAACUCGGGAAUGGGGAAUGGAUAUAUUUUUAAGAAAACCUAAGAAUAUAAUCAAAUCCAAGCGAUCAACCAAAAUUUCUGUGUUAUGUACCGCGGUUAUAGUAUGGUUUAAGAUGACACACGGGUUGAUGACGUCAGUUACUCGAAUCGCUUGA